UCUCUCCACUCCUUAUUGUUUUAGUUUCUUUUUUUUUAUUUUGCUUCUGUUUUUCUUUGCAUCCUCGCCCCGUUUGCAAACCGUCGAGUUGCCAUGAGCCAGAUGCAUUCGGAAGAGUGGACGGAUCUGAAAGAGCUGACGGCUGAGAGGUGUUUGCAGCCGCCCCAGGCAGGUCAGGGUUACCCGCCGCCCGCUGCACUCUCGCUGCUGGACACCGACCCCAGGGGAUGGCUGGCGCCCGCUUUGCAAAGCGGAGGCACCUGCCCGGCUCACGGCGACUCCUACCUGUCCCCCGGUGGCUCCUCCUCGGAGGAGGAGCUGCUGCUGCUGGAGGCCGGGGUGGGAGCGGAUCCCGGCCGUUGCAGCGGACGGGGUAAGAGCCCGGUGAGGGUGCGGGAGCUUUGCAAGUUGAAGGCGGGGGAGUUGGGCUGCCGGCAGCGGGCUCCGGCCAGCGGGGUGCAGAGGCAGAGGAGGCUGGCGGCGAACGCCCGGGAGAGGAGGAGGAUGCACGGCCUGAACCACGCCUUCGACCAACUCCGCGGGGUCAUCCCCUCCUUCAACAACGACAAGAAGCUGUCAAAGUACGAGACGCUGCAGAUGGCACAGAUCUACAUCAGCGCCCUGGCCGACCUGCUGCAGGGGGGCGAAGCCGAGACUAACCCCCGGGCUCCGGGGAACCUCUCUCCCCCGGGCUGCAGGCGCUACCCCCCCGGUCCGGGACACCCGCCUCCACCCCCAUCCCAGCUGCUGCAAGCCGGCCCCGGGGCCCCGCCGUUUGCCUUCCAGGACGGGCCGUCCGCUUCCCCCGACGCCAGCAAGACGUCCCCCCGCUCCCAGCGGAGCGACGGUGAGUUCUCCCCCCGCUCGCACUCCAGCGACUCGGAAGAUGUGACCCUGGACCUGCCGAGCGAAGACGACGAGCUCCCUGAAGCCCCGAAUUACCAAUAACUGCAGCAAGGCGGAGCGGAAAGCAGCGUGGACUCUCGUUUAUAUAAUUAUAUAUAUCUCUAUUUUUUACAGGUGCAGAAUGAACUUGUUUUUCAUGCCGAAUGAACGCUUCCCCGUGCAGACUGAGCUUCUAUUAACCCAUGCAGAGUUUUAUUUACAUUUCUCCCCGUGCAGAAUAUUUUUAUUUGGCCCCCUCCCGUGCAAAAUUAGUGCAGGAUGAGUUAUUACCUCCCAUUGCAGAAUAUUGUUUACGGCCCCCACCCAGUGCAAGACGAGCUAUUCGCUUCCCUGCCCCCUCCCCAGUGUAGGAUGGGCUAUCCCCACCCCA